GAGACUUCGAAUUUUGUCUUAUGGUUUGGAUUGUUCGUACUUGGUUUUAUUUUAUUAAAUAAGAAAGGAUGCCAUUUAUCGAGUUGUUCUAGUGAUUGUAAUGGGUGUAGAGACCAAAGUGUUGGACAAUCAAAAUAGUUAGCUGUUGUUACAUUUAAAAGCAUUUACUGAUGACUAGUCAUAUACUUAAACAUGGCGGAAUAUACAGACAGGGAAGUUUGUAGUUUUUGUUUAAAUGAUUAUCAUCAACCUGUAAUACUCGACUGUCAACAUUCUUUCUGUUCCAUUUGUUUAGAAGAUUACCUCAACAGAAUCGCCACUAAUGACCAGUUCCCGUGUCCAUUGUGUCGUUCUUACACACGGAUACCAGAGGAUGGCGUGAAUGGCUUUAAACUGAAGAUGACCACGCCUACAAUUAGCAUUCCACAAUGUGACGUUUGUACAAAUAGUGUAUCUGGUUUUAGUUGUAAAGAUUGUCAACAAUAUUUAUGUGACUCGUGUAAAACCACUCAUGAUAAGUUUAAGAUGUUUAAAGACCAUAGUGUGGUUAGAUGUGAUGACCUAUUGCUUGCCAUUACAGAAUCAGGGGCAGAUAAAUCUGUGAAUGAAAACGUCAAAUCUGAAUACAGCCCACAUGAUGUUUGUUCAAAUCAUGAACAAAAGCGAGUGAAAUAUUACUGCCAAGAUUGCUCAAUGGUCGUCUGUUCUAAAUGUUUUAUUAUCGACCAUAAUGGACACGAAUAUUUACAUUUACAAGAUGAAAGUGUAAGAGAAGAAAUCAAAGGUGAACUAAAAACAUUAAAUGUAGAAAUAAAAACCCACAUUGAUGAACUUGAAGAAUUUAGUGAAAGUUUAAACAUAAAGUACAGUGGGGUGAAUGAUUCCGUGAAGACGGCGUGCGACAAGGUUGAUGAACAAGUCAAUACUAUUUGUAGAGAGGUGAGACGAAUUGGUGAUCAACUCAAAGAUAAAAUGAAAAAUACGUGGGGUGGGGAUAUCAGUGAUGAUGUUCAUAUCAAAUAUAAAAAACUGAUGGAGGAUAUUAAAAGACUAACAGAAGAUUUAAAAGCUAGUGUUAAAUAUUCAGUGAAUGUUUUAGAAGAUUCGUCCAUUGUUCAAGUUUUACAAAGAUUGCCAAAAGUUCGCCAGGAAAAAGAUGAAAGUCGUUGUAGAAAAUUGGAUAUACCUGAUGUAAGCUAUUCAACAUUUCAAGUAGCAGAGAUAGAUAAAACUUUGUUAACUAAUCAAAUUGGUAAAAUUGUAAGUUGUAAUCCGAAUAUAAUUGAAGAUAUUUUUAAUAUGAAAGAUGAGAGUAGGGGUUGGUAUCGUGGUAGAUGUCAUGUGGUUUCAGGUUUUUCAUGGCGUAUCGCUGUACGUACAGGCUCAUCAUUUUCCGUUGUAUUAGACCUGAUUGGCGUAGAAGAUAAAAGUAUUACGUCAUGUAAAGCUGACGUCAUAUGUAAAGUUAUAAAUAAAACAGACGAUCGACAAUCUGUGGUUAAACAAUUUGCUGGAACUGUUAGAAUCCAUAGUUGUCUACCAUACUGGAAUAGAGGAAUCACAGUGAAAAAACUCCUUGAUCCAACUAGUGGAUUUCUUCAUGAUGGAGGCUUGAAAAUCCAAGUAACAUUUAAUAAAAUAACGGACGUAAGACGCGAACAAUUAUUCUGAUUCUGAUUAACCACAAAAAAAUAAGACUUGUGUAGGCUACACGUUAACCGUUUACUAUAUAACUCUAUUCAACUUACAUGUACAUGACUGCACCCUCGUAUUGUGAAACGGUUUUUGGUGAUUUUAUGAUCUGACUGAAUAUUGUCUAACACGGUAAGGCCUUGUCAAUUCAUCAGUUUGUGUUUUAAUGCAAUUUGGUUUGACAGAGUUGAUUUUAUAAAUUUAGCUGUAUCUGACCUGAGAAAAGUCGCAUUUCAUUUUAGUGAUUUCGACCAAAGUAAUAUGGUCGGUAAUAUUUAAAUGACUAUAGUUCAGUAGCUGAUUGAUCAAUAUUGCUGAAAUGGGUUUUGUUAGAAAGAUAUUUCCUGAAUCGAAGGGUUAAUGUUUACAGUAUUGGGUGAUUUGAUACGGAAUGACCCACAAAGGGUGGAUUUAUUUAUGUUCGCUUAUCCAGUCAUCGAAACGAUCCAGUCAUCGAAACGAUCCAACAACGUAUUGGUUUAAUGAUGUUCUCUUAUCGAAUCUUUUGGAAUCAACUCGGACACGAGGCGUGACGGAUGGGAACUCGACUCGGACUCAAGAUCCCGCGACUUGUUCCCACCUCCAUUCAUUGGUGGUUAUGAUAAUGACGGACGUGACAUGUGAUGGUGUAUUAGUCACAUAGUUGGUGUGACGUAUUAUGUCUCAAUAUGAUUAAAAUCUACUGUUGAAGUGACAUUACAAUAAUCACAACCGUUCUCUGGAAGACAAUUGCUGACAUGUAAUCCGGGUUUUAUUUGUACAAUAAUACUCUUGAUAUAUGUGCACUCGGUGAAAUUAAUCAGAAUAUGCAUUAAACGGGUGUAGAAAAUUAUGUAAUUGCCUUCCGUAGAACUUUGUGAAUACAUUUCUGUAAAAGCCUUCCGUAGAGCUUUGUGGUUACAAUUCUAUAAUAUCCUUCCGUAGAACUUUGUGGUUAAAAUUCCGAAUCGCCUUCUGUAGAACUUUGUGAAAAAUAUUCCGUAGAACUAACUUGUGAUUGAAAUUCUGUAAUUGCCAACCGUAGAUGUAUCUUGUAGUCAUAUAUCAAUGUAAUAUCUUGUAUUUCUAUGUCACAUGUUGUAUUAUGUAAUAUCUUGUAGUUAAAUAUCACAUGUUGUAGUAUGUAAUAUCUUGUAGUUAUAUAUCACGUGUUGUAGUAUGUAAUAUCUUGUAGUUCUAUGUCACAUGUUGUUGUAUGUAAUAUCUUGUAGUUAUAUAUCACAUGUUGAAGUAUGUAAUAUCUUGUAGUUAUAUAUCACAUGUAAUAUCUUGUAGUUAUAUAUCACGUGUUGUAGUAUGUAAUAUCUUGUAGUUAUAUAUCACGUGUUGUAGUAUGUAAUAUCUUGUAGUUAUAUAUCACGUGUUGUAGUAUGUAAUAUCUUGUAGUUAUAUAUCACGUGUUGAAGUAUCUUGUAGUCAUAUGUCACAUGGUGAAGUAUGUAAUAAACACUAUGAUAUAUUUGACCCUUUACGGUUUUGAUACAUACCAGAGCUACACCAUCUGCUGUUAUCGACCAUAAGUUACAUCUGAAGGUCGCCCUGACAGUGACAGCACACUCCAGUGGUGUACAGGGAGGAGCAAGGGCGGCCUGGGGGUGGGAAUG